AUGGCUCCGAAUACUUCGAGGAAGUUAAACGAUGCUGAGAAGGAAAUCAUUGACAAAAUCCCUUCAGCUUCCAUUGAAGAAAUUAAACAGUUAUUGAGUGAACCAGAAGUCCGUAUCGACUGCCUGGAUGAGCAAGGAACUACACCAUUACAACAUGCUGCAUUCAAAGGACGAAGCGACUUGUGUGAGUUGUUCUUACAACACGGCGCCGAUGUCAACUCCAAUCAACACAUCGAUGGUUACACCGCCCUCAUGUUUGCUGCCCUUUCCGGUAAACCUGCUCUUGUUCGAAAGAUGUUAUGUGCCGGGGCAAAGACCGACCCCGUGAACCGUGUCAAUCGAACAGCCGCUCAAAUGGCAGCCUUUGUUGGCUACCACAAAUGUGUUUCAACCAUAAAUAAUUUCAUUAGCUUCGAUGAAGUGGAAUAUUACGCCAAACCACAAGGCCUGGAGAAAGAAGCGAAACUUCCCAAACAAUUGGUCGCACCACUGGUAGAACUGCUUAACAACUCUUAUCUUCACCCGUUAAAGGUUUCUUAUUUCUUAGAGGCUAAUCCAAGUCUUCUGGAAAAUUCGCAUAAGGUACAAAACGUUUUAGAUAUUAUGUGCGAAAAAAGUAUGAAAAGUGCUGAGACAAAUGAUGUGAUGGCUAUCAAAGUAAAUUAUUACUCCUUUAUGAUUCGAAACAUCGCCAAAUCGUACAAUGAAAAAGAAAAAUCGCUAAGUAGUUGGAUUAAGAGUUUAGUGAAAGGCAGAGAGAGCGAUGGCUUUGCCGAGAAACCCGAAAAGCUUAUACGUCAGUCCAUGAAAGAAUUUAUCUACGUUGAGUCGGAUCUUUUUUUGCAAUUUAUUCGAACUGUGUCUCCUGUAGCCAUCGGAGAUUAUCCCACGGCUAUUUCAGUGCUCACUAACUGUGUCCAUGGACAACAGUUUAAAAACGACAAUGUCAGUUGUGAAGCUUGUGGAGAAAUCGACUUUACAAAGAAAUGCUCUGCUUGUAAAAUGGUUUACUAUUGUAGCCAACGGUGUCAGAAGCUGCGCUACACUACACACAAGAAGUUCUGUGCUCAGCUUCGAAAGCAAUUUGAAGAGCUUGAAAAGAAGAACAAAGAUGCGGAAGAUAAAGAGGAAUUCUCUGAAGAGAAAAAUGGAGAGCAACAGGUAGAAGUGAAGGAAGAUAACGGUAAAUUAGAAGAGGCUGUGGAGAAAAUCGAAAUUAAAUCUGAGGUAUAGUGUGCUUGAGACUUACUGUUUCCUGGUGUUUUAAAUGAAUGACUGAGGUUUCUUGGCAAUUCAUUCAAACAAUUAUAAGAUUGAACUAUAUAUUUCAAAUGUAAUUAACACCUUUACUUUAUAAACUAUUUUCUGACUAGUUAAGGACGAAACAUUUUAGUUCUAUUAUGAAGUGAAAAAAAAAAAAAGUUUUCUAUUUCUGUUGCUUUUAUUUAGUUCGGAAAAGCCAAAAUUAUUUGACUGUCAAAAAGGAUUCUAGAGUAAAAUUCUGUGUAAGGUAGGGCGAAGAAAAUGAAUUUUAGCUUAGACUGAUUGAAAUAAAAUGAGAAUGUUUUACUGAAAGACUUAACAUUUAUCAACAAAAAAAAACCAAAAGGAGAAACGAACGAAUAUUUUGUUGGUUUCUUUUGCAUGUGAAAAAUUAUCGAAUUUUCUCGGCGGUUUUUUUUCUCACAUCAGGGGAGAUAACGCCUUUCCUAUAAACCAGGACUGUUCUCGCCCCUGCAGUGUGAAACCGCUUUCUAUUCCCUAUCAUUCAUAAAGCAUUUUUGUUCAUCAGUCAUUAUUUCCUUAUUGUAAAGUUGUAGAAAUAUUAUUGAAUAAAGUUCCUCUCCCUCAUUA